UUUAAGAAAAGCUAAUUAAUUAUUUUAUUUAUAUACAAAAUAUAGAAAGGUAAAAGAGAGAAUCAAUAUAAAAUGCUUAAUCCUUAUCUGCUACAUUACAAAGAUUAGUAUUUGUGCGAAGAGUAUGAAAACCAAAGAAAACAACAAUAGCGUAAAUUCAACUAACUUAUUGGAUGGAGCAUAAUAGGAUUUUAAGCUGUUUAAUGGAUAAAACUAUCAUUAAAUGGGUAUACUUCUACUUAAGAUUUUCCUUUAAUCAUUUUAACAUGCAUGACAGUUCUACUUUGCUUGUAUGGAUUUUACUCAAACUAAAAAAAUAGCUUGAAAGCAAUAAAAUAUUUUUUUAUAAGCACCAUUUCUCUCAAUAGCUAAUUUGUUUGUUCUUCUUAUACAGAUUAUUUUUUAUAUUAAAAAUAAAUAUCUAUGUUGCUCUAAGGAUGGAUUUUUGGAUACUCUUUUAUUAUAUAAAUGCUAGUUCUUCCAAGCUGGUAUUAAAAGCUAUUAAUAAUUACACAAGCUACUACCAUAUUAGCAAUUAAAAUCUCCACAUUAGCAGAACCAAGUUCAUAAGACACGUAGUUUGCUGAGCUUAUUUUAGUCUCUUUUCUUAUAAUUGCAUUAUUUUAUUUAUAUGAAAAAUAUGAGAAGUAAAAUUUUUAAAACUUAUAUGAGUAAAAGAAAAGCUUGUAAGAGUGGAAAAACCUGCUUAAUUUUACUAUUUCUUCAAGUAUUUUUGUUAUUGUGCCUGAGCAGCCUAACAAGCAUAAGCUGCGCUUUUGGAAUUAAACAUUUCAUGAAAAAUUUGGAUAGAUUGAAAAUAAUGAGUUUUUUAACAUUAUACAAAAAAUAGCAAUUAAAGAACAUAAAUUUUGUGGCUAAUCUAAAAAAGGUUCUUUUACCCAAAGUUAAAAAGACAAUAAAAAUCACAGUUAAUCAAACACAGAUUUACAAAAAAAUAUAGUUAUAGAAAAUGCAGAAAACAAUGAAUUUCAUCCUAAUAGUUCGUUUAAAAGCUCAAAAAACUAUAAGCAUAUUCACCCAAAUUCUUCUUCAUCAUCUUCGUCUGUUAAUUCUCAAGGUCAAGGAUCAUUUGCAUCUAGUUCUUCUAAUCUCCUUAAAAAAAUAGAUUUAAUUUAUUAGCAAUUAAAAUAAAAUAGAAUGAAUGAACAAGAAAAGGAUUAAAACGUAAAUACAAUUAAGAGUUUCUGUCCAUAAAUUGAAGAAAAAUACCAUAAUUGCUUAUUCAAAUACAGUGUUGUACUAAAUAAAGAUUAGGAACAACAACAAUAAGAAUAUAAUAAUAAAUAUAAAGGAGAUUGCAAUAACCAAUACAAUAAAUAGGUCAAUAAUAACUCUAAAAAAUCUUAAGAAACAACUACCAAAGAAAAUACGACAAAAGUUAAUAUUAAUUAAUACUACGAUAUUAAGCUCAUAGGAUGCUAUUGGGACAACUAAGAUGCUGUUAUGGUAAUAAUGGAUGAUAUUAGUGAAAAAAUUAUUAAUGAAAGACUUAAGGAAACAGAUGAAUACAAGGAUUAGAUGCUCGCUACAGUCACUCACGAUCUUAAAACUCCUCUUAAUGGUAUUAUUAUAAUGAUUAAAACACUUAUAGAAUCAAGCUAGCACACUGAAGAGGAAAUGAAGGUUAUGAAAAUGGUUUUACAAAAUGCUAAUCUACUUUUAAGCAUGAUCUAAGAUAUAUUAGACUAUUCUUAAAUUAAAAGAAAUGUCCUCAAUCUAGCUCCUGAUAGGUUUAAAAUUGAAGAAGUACUAGAAGAAGUAUACGAGUUAUUUUCAAUUUAAGCUCAGGAAAAAGGUUUAGAAUUACGAAUAGUCAAAGACGGAGUUCUUUGUAAUAAUUAAAGUAGUUAUCAAAAUUCAAACUAAAUACAAUAUCAAAACAAUUUCAAUCUGUAAAUCCAGAGCCCAUAAGGAUCAAAACUUAUUUCAUAUUUUAGAAACUAAAAUAGGUAAAAGACUAUUGGGUAUAAAAUACAACACUUGAAUAACAAUGAAGAUUAACAAGGAAGUCAUGAUUCAUCAAUUAAAUUUUUUAGAAAUACUAAAAAGAAAUUAUCUGAAUUUUAUAUAAGAGCUACAAGCUAAAAUAAUAGCAGUAAUAAUGAUAGCUCUUCAGUGUUAAUAAAGUAAAAUAAAAAGAAUAGUCCCAAAAAAAAUGAAACAGAUAAUAAGGGUGCUGGUAUUUUACCUCAUAACCACUAAAAAUAAAUUAAUUUAUUAGAAAAUGAACUGAAAGACAGUAUUAUCGAUAAUAGCAAAUAGGAUAGUGUUUAUUCAUCAUAAUAUGGAGGUGUUAUGAACAAUAAAGAGGUUGAGAGUGAAGCAGAAAUCACAUUAGACCAUAAAUCUGAAUUAAUAGAACAAUUUAACUUAAAUGAUGAAAACACAAAGCAAGAAGAGUAAUCAUAUGCUACUUACCUUGAUUAAAAAAAAUAUAAUCCAAGGUUUUAGAAUUAAAGUAGCAAUUUGUUAAAAUUUAGUAUAGAUUUAAUGAGCAGUGGUAAAAAUAACACAGAGGUUUAUAGCGAUAAGCGCAGGAUUAAGCAAAUACUUAUUAAUUUAGUAGGUAAUGCUUUGAAAUUUACUGAGAGAGGUUCAAUUAGUAUAGAAUAUAAUGUAAUAAGUGAUAGAAAUUUAGUAGAAAUAGUUGUAAGAGACACUGGUGUAGGUAUUUCUGAGAGUCUUUAACCUAAAUUAUUUAAAGUAUAUAGCACCUUUGAUCAUAAUAAUGGAUCUAACAGACACGGAGUAGGUCUUGGGUUGGCUAUAUGCAAGAAACUGGCUUAAUAAUUGGGGCCAGAAAAAAAUAUAAAGCUUACUUCAACUAAAGGAGAUGGUAGCUCCUUUUCAUUUUUAAUUUAUCAAGACAUAGGCUUGGCAAUAAAAAAAUAUAAAUAAAAAUUGAAUACUUAUUCAGAAGAUGAAGAAAGUUAAUAGAUUAAUGAUCAAGUAGUGGAAAAAUAAUAACUUAAAAAUUCUUAAUCGAAAGAUAUUAUGGAAAAUUAAGAUAAAUAAUAAAAGCUAGAUGAUAUUGAUGGAGUAGCUAAUUUAAAAACGAAGUGUGAAAUUUCUCCAAAUUUGACUGCUAUAACUAGUGAUUAAGUUUACGAACUAAAUACUAAUUAUACAAACAGGCUUAAGAAGAAUCUCAGUAUUGUUUGCCCUAAAGUGUCUUUUGAAGAUUACACAUUAAUUAGUAAUUCUCAAAGAUAACUUGUUAAUGAUAAAAAUAAUUUAGAUAAUCUAAAUGAAUUUCUUAAAAAUUAAGACAAAGAAAAAGAAGGCAAUAAUAUACAAUCUCAUAGAAAUUCAAAAUAUAACUCUCAUAACAAUACAGAAAUCGGUCAAAUGAGUUAUUAAUAAAAAAAAUUUUAAUCAAAAGAUGAAAAUUAUUAAUUUGGAUCUGAAUUAUAAUUAGAGUAAAGCUGCAUCUUUGACUCACUAGAUAUAGAUGAGCAUAAAACAGAUUAAAAGUAAGCAGUUAUUCAAUUUUAGCAUUAACUUGGAAUGAUCAACGAUUAAGUAAAUAAAAAUAUUAAGUAAAAAUAUUCUCUGAACAAGAUUUCCUAAUAAUCCUCCAUGUAUUUACAAGGAAGAGAUAUAAAAAAUUUUCAAUCCUCAACUUUUUCUGCCUUCAUUUAACAAAAUGAAUAAAAUUCACCUUAAAAUACUAAAAACUAUAGACAAAAUUAAAGUGUGCAGCAAUUCGAUCAAUUUCUAACUUUAAAGUAAAAUGUUUAAAACUCUGAUACACUUUCUUCUCCUAAAUCAUGCUUAACGUUUUAUAACUUCUCCAAUUUUAAAGGGCUACCCCUUAAUGAAUAAUAGCAAAGUCAGUAAGCUAAAGUAUUUGACAGUGGGCUUAAAAUUACAAGGACCAAUUCAUAGUCAAUUCCUUCAGUUUAGUUAACCUUUUAGCAAAGUUAAAAACACAAUUCCAAGAUAUCAAAUUCUCAAUCAAGUUUGCAUUAUUAGCAUUAGUCAUAUAUAUAUGAGUUCAAAAGACCUGUCAACAUACUAAUUGUAGACGAUACUACAUUUAACUUAAUAGCAUUAAAAGCGAUGCUUAAAAAAGUUAGAAACAUAAACCUCAUAGUAGAUGCCUAUAAUGGAAAAGAAGCUCUAGAAAAAUUUAAACAAAAUAAAUUUGAUUUAGUUUUAAUGGAUAUUAAUAUGCCGAUUAUGGACGGCCAAGAAUCAAUGAGGCACAUGAGAUCAUACGAGAAGGAACAAUAUUAUAAAAGUUAAAAAAGAUAUAACAGUAAGCAUUCAAGUUAUUACUCACCUCUUUAGAAACUCAAUAGUAGUAGAAAUGAAGAAGGAACUUUUACAUAAUAUCAGUAAUCUAUUAUUUAUGGAGAAGUUUCUGAUAAUUAAAUUGCUGAGACUAACGAUGAUUUCACAAGCAAAUAUAAAAAAGUGAUUAACUUAUGCUAAAACUAAGAUUAAUAAAAUUAGAUAGGAAUAUCUGAAAUUCAAAAUAGAAAUAUUCAAGACUAAAAUGCUUAAAAAUAAGAAAAUGCAUAGACAAAUAAGUAACCAACCUUUUAGGGUCUCUCUCCUGCUUAUUCAAACUCUCCCCUAAAUAGAAAGGGUUAAAUUUUAAAGCAAGGACAAAGGUAAUCAAGAAGAAUAAAAACUGCUACUAUCGAAGAAAGUCCUAGAGCUAUAUUUGAAAAUGGCUCUCCUGGGUUAAACUAGCAAUUGAUGCUACAAAAAUAGAUUUAAGGACACAUAUAAACAUCCAGUUAGUCUUUUUCAAGGAAUAAUCUAAACUCAGGAAAUAACAGUAAAGUCUAUUGGAAUGCUAUUAUUUUUGCAGUUACUGCUUAUGAUUAGUAAUAAGAUAUAUAAAAAUAUUUACAAGCAGGGGCAAAUGCACAUAUAUCUAAGCCUAUUAAAUUAGAAAAUUUAUUUUCAGUAAUUAAUAAAUUUUUUUGA